AUGUGUGAUGCGGUGCUGACACUGCCACCGACCACUCCAUCAGCGGAGCUGCAGCGCCGGAUCAAGGCCGAGGGCCCACUCUGCCGUCGGCGUUUCCGCGAGACUCGACCAACCCCCGCGCCAUCAACACCAGCUGAGCCAGAAGGAAUCCGCACCCCAUCAUGGAACGAGCGCAUCAGUGCAGUGGUUCGAGAAGUCUGCACCACUUCGACCGCCAUUGAUCCCGCCCGCCGGUCCAAGAAGCGAUCAAAAAUCUGCUUCCUCUGCCUGCAGAAUUCUAACCUUCUGCCUGCAGAUCGGGUCUACUCCUUCAAGACACCAGGGGACCUCACCAAGCAUUAUCAAAGGCGACAUCUCGAGAAGUUCCAGCCAAUGGGUUGUGGGAUCUGCCGAGUGAGACUGGAGACCCUAACCGCCCUUCUCAUCCAUGCAGAAGUCGCGCAUGGCACCGUUACGCGUGCCCCCAAAUACCGGAUGCCUGAACGGCCUGCGACCCAUGCAAGUACUCGCGUGGCUACUGUAAGCAGGAGCCAUCCAUUGCCAAACUCCCAAUCGAUGUGGAGUUAG